GCGUGUAUCAGUGUCCUGAGACCUUAUAGAGACAAGGCAUCUGGGAGACAAUUUUGCAGCAACUUUAAAUUCUGUCUCAUCCCAAUCCCUCGGGAGUUCGCUUCCCUGGUGUUUUUGUUUCUCUCCUUCAGCCAUAGUCUCCCCCUUCCUGGCCGCCUUUUCUUAUCGAACAGUAAUGAGACUGGCUGCCCUGACCUGCGUUGCUUUCCUGCUGUAUUUUUCUCUGGUCGCGUGCCGCUGCCCUGUCCCAUGCCGCUGCGCCAGAAGCCCCCUUCGCUGCCCCCCCGGCGUCAGCUCGAUUUUGGACGAUUGUGGCUGCUGCCAAGUGUGCGCCCGCCAGCUCAACGAGGACUGUGACAGGCUGUCGCCCUGCGACCCUCAUAAAGGCCUGGAGUGCAAUUUUGGGGCCGACCCGUUAGCGAGUCGGGGCAUCUGUUGGGCAAAGCAAGAAGGUCGGACCUGCGAAUACAAUGGCCGUAUCUACCAAAACGGAGAGAAUUUUCAGCCUAGCUGCAAACAUCAGUGCACUUGCAUUGAUGGAGCAGUAGGUUGCCAGCCACUCUGCCCACUGGAACUGCCUCUGGCCUCGCUAGGCUGUCCCAGUCCCCGGCUCCUUAAAGUGCCUGGUCAAUGCUGCAAGAAGUUUGUCUGCAAUAAAGGACCCAAGAAGUAUGGAGGUGUCACCUUUGAGUACAACUCAAAUGGAGAGGCCAGUAGCAAUGAACUCAUCUAUGUGGGCAAAGGUGGACACUGGAAAAACCUGCCAGGAUGGAGGCCAUUCUUCCAGGAUCAGGUUACAAAGCAGGAGCGCAAAUGCUUGGCUCAGACCACACACUGGUCACCGUGCUCUAAGAGCUGUGGAUUUGGCAUCUCUACCCGCAUCAAUAGCAACAAUCCCCAUUGCAAGCUGAUCAAAGAAACUCGGUUGUGUCAGAUCAGGCCCUGUGGGCAGCCUGAUUUUUCAAAGCUAAAGAAAGGCAAGAAUUGUCUGAGGACACACAAAGUGCAAGAGCCAGUGAGAUUCAGUUAUGCUGGUUGCAAAAGCCCACGCCGUUACCAGCCAAGUUUCUGUGGGGCCUGCCUGGAUGGCCGCUGCUGUGUACCCCUGCGUACUCGUACACUAAAUGUACCCUUCCGUUGUCCUGAUGGAAGCACUUUUACAAAGAACGUCAUGAUGAUCCACACUUGCCAGUGUGGGGCAGCUCACUGCCCACUGCUGAGUGAAGCUGCUAUGGGCCCCCAAUAUCAGCUGAAUGGGGACAUUCACAAGUUCCUGGAAUGAUAGAGCAUGCCGAGUUCUCUGCUGGUGGCUGGCGAGCUGACGGAUCUCCCAAAUUACUUUGGGUCAUCAAGGCCCCCUGCUUGAUCCAUGAAGCUAAGACAAGCUGUAGUUGCUCUGCUCUCCUGAAUGCAAAUUUGGAAGACAAUAUGGCAUUUGGAAAUGGCCUAACCCUUCGGUAUUUGCAGAAUGCAUUGGGCUAUGUUGGGAGCGUGGAUAUCUAGUGGCUGGGAAUGGAUCGAAUAGCACUGAUGUCAAUCUCUCUAUUCAGUCCAGCCAGGCUCAGGCUGGAACUGAGCCUUACUCUACUAGUGGAAGACUCAAAUAAAGACUUCUGAUUGUUUGAAUUUCAUGGCCCUCAUGCUGGAAAGAAGGAGGAAGCACAGCAUUAUGCACUAUUGGUAGCUGGAGGGUUCUGGUUCAGGUUGCCAAAUCCCAACAUGGGCAGUUUUGACAUCUUCAAGAUCCCAGGACUUGGAAAAAAACAUAGUACACUUUAAGUUAGAUAAGGAGCAACUAUGCUGGAGUAAGUUGUCCUUCAAAAGAGGUAUAAUUCUGAUGAGUUUGGGAUCUGGCAAUACAACCUUAAAGCAGCCUAAUGAAUAAGGAAUUAGAAGGAAAUGCGAGACAAAGUUCAGGCAACAAAGUAUGUAUUCCCCCACCCCCAACCCUCC